AUGGGCCCCUAUACUGCCUCCUCAUGCUGCUGCCAGGCCCCUAAUCUGCCAUGGGCCCCUAUACCGCCUCCUCAUGCUGCUGCCAGGCCCCUAAUCUGCCAUGGGCCCCUAUACCGCCUCCUCAUGCUGCUGCCAGGUCCAGAGUCUCUCAUGGGUCCCUGUACGGCCUCCCAUUGCUGCUGUCUCCAUCGCCACACUCUGCCAUGUGCCACUUUCAGGUCUCCUCACACUGCUGCUGGGUUCCAUUUUGUCAUAGGGUGCUGUAUGGCCUCCCAUUGCUGCUGCCCUCUCACCGCCACACUGUGGACAUCCACACUCUGGUUUUGGCCCCGUGACUGCCCAACAAUGACAACCAGUGAAGUGUGCGGUAUAGAUUCUAAGAGAUCGACGGCGACCUCCAUCUGCAUGUCAUACUGACUGUCAGUAUUAGAAUGUCUCUUUCCCAGCAGACUCCAGGGCAUUAUUCUAAUUAAAGGUACUGUGUUCUGCACUAAUUAUA